AUGGCCACCGUCCAGCAGGAUCUUUUCCGUCGGCUGGAUGGAAUAUCUCAUGCCCUAAUGGACCUUACCGGGCAACAAUCUUCCAUCGCCGCAGCCAGCACCUCCUUCUCCGCCACCGGAAGUCCGGGCCCCGCUAUUGCUAACGCAGCUAACGAAAACAUCCGGCUUCAACCCGAGGUCUUCCAUGGUGACGUCGAAGCAUGCGGGGGUUUCCUCCUACAAUGUCGGCUAAUUUUCCAGCAGGCUCCACGACAUUAUCAUGCCGAUCACUGCAAAAUAACCCUCAUCGUGAACUCUCUUAGAGGUAAGGCGCUCCAAUGGGCGCAGGCUUUUCUUACUGCCAAUCCCAUACACCAGGUCCCAUUCGAGCGUUUCAUAAAUGAGUUUCGUCUGGUGUUCGACCAGCCCCGCAAGGAGGAAGAAGCUACUCGCCGACUACUAGCUCUCAGGCAACGCAGCAGAUCAGUGAGUGACCAUUUAAUUGACUUUCGCAUCCUGGCGGUGGAGGCAGGUUGGCCGGACAUCGCUCUUAAGGGGGUGUUUUACCAAUCUCUCAAUGACUCCAUCAAGGAUCACUUAUGUUCUCAGCCCCAAGCCAAGACUUUUGAGGAGCUCGUCACCGCGGCCUUGCGGUCUGACGUUCGCCUCCGAGAACGCCAGGCUGAGCGUCCCCAUUAUCAAAAGAAAACGGUGGUCAAACUCCUGCCUCCGACAUCAAUCACUGAAUCUCUCCAUCCCGUUUCUCAUGAACAGGUCAGAGGACCCCCGGAGGAACCUAUGCAAAUAGGACACUCCAAACUUACACCUGAGGAGUGGCAGAGACGUAGAGACGAAGGGUUUCCCUGGCUGUGCGCUCAUAACCCGCAGUUUGACUGGGUUAACCGGCACAUCACCAACUGGAGUACUGCCUGUAUGGCUAAUUGCCUUCGCUCCGCCAUUCCUUCAGUUCCCACAAGUCACUGUCCUACUCCGGAGGUCAUCGACCUUUCCAAGGAGGCUCAGGCUGCUUUCGACAAGCUCAAGGCCUUAUUCACCUCGGCUCCCAUCCUCAUUCAGCCCGACCCUCUUCGCCAGUUCAUAGUCGAGGUUGACGCCUCUGACUCUGGGGUCGGGGCGGUUCUCUCCCAGCAGCGUAAUUACGACGUGGGUAACCGAGAGCUUCUGGCUAUAAAACUCGCGUUAGAGGAGUGGCGCCACUGGCUUGAGGGAACCCUCUCCCAUUAUUUCCCCACAUGUAUUAUUGGUCAACUCACGUGGGACAUUGAGACCCGGGUCCUACAGGCCCAAAAUGAAGAACCCGAUCACCCUCCAGCUCCUGCCAACACCCUUUAUGUUCCCUCCUCGCUUCGUUCUGCGGUUUUGGUCUGGGGGCACACCUCUUGCAUUUCCUGUCAUGGGGGCAUUCAAAGGACUCUAAAACUCCUCCGAAGGAGGUUUUUCUGGCCCACCAUGGAGCGCGAUGUCAGGGAGUUCGUCACCGCCUGCGAAGUCUGUGCACGUUCCAAGUCCACGCACUCUCCUCCUGCCGGUCUGCUCCAUCCUCUGCCUGUUCCUCAACGUCCUUGGUCCCAUCUCGCCAUGGACUUUGUCACUGGUCUGCCCCCCUCACAAGGUAACACAGUAAUACUCACCGUCAUCGACCGUUUUUCUAAAUCUGCUCAGUUUAUUCCUCUUCCCAAGCUACCCACAGCCACAGAGAUGGCCGAUAUCAUGGUCCAGAACGUAUUCCGCCACCACGGCAUUCCCAGUGACAUUGUUUCGGACCGUGGCCCUCAAUUUGUGUCGCAGGUCUGGAGAGCCUUUUGUUCUGCUCUAGGGGCCACGGUCAGUUUAUCUUCUGGACAUCACCCCCAGUCUAACAGACAGGCGGAGCGCGCCAACCAGGAACUCGAGGCUGCGCUGCGCUGUCUGGCCGCUCAAAAUCCGGCCAACUGGUCCUCGUUUCUGGUCUGGAUAGAGUAUGCCCACAACAAUCAUCCCUCAUCAGCCACUGGUAUGUCCCCUUUUGAGGUUUCAUUGGGCUACUCUCCCCCUCUUUUCCCCUCUCAGGAGUUAGACCUGGCCGUGCCCUCCAUUCAGCACCACCUCCAGAGGGUUCAGCGCGUCUGGCAGCAGGCCAGGGCCGCUCUCCUGCGCACUAGGGAGAGCAACUGCCGGAUUGCUAACCGCAGCAGAGUGAAGGGUCCGACCCACCAGCCGGGACAGAAAGUAUGGCUUUCCUCCCAUGAUAUACCUCUUCAAGCCACCUCCCGCAAACUGGCCCCCCGGUUCAUCGGUCCCUACACGGUCGAGAAGAUUAUUAACCCCACCUGCGUGCGCCUUAAGCUUCCGGCAGCCCUAAAGGUACACCCCGCUUUCCAUGUCUCUCAACUCAAGCCCUUUCAGGAAAGCCCGUUGUGCCCACCGUCCACUUCCCCACCACCCGCCCGGGUCAUCGACGGUGCUCCUGCUUUUACAGCCAGUAGGGUGCUGGAUGUUCGCUGCCGGGGCCGUGGGUAUCAGUUCUUGGUGGACUGGGAGGGUUACGGUCCGGAGGAGCGCUCAUGGAUCUCCCGCUCCCUUAUUCUGGACCGUACCCUCAUCGAUGACUUUUAUCGGGCUCGUCCGGAUCGCCGCCCUGGACCGCCUGGAGGCGGUCGUUGAGGGGGGGGGCACUGUCACGGGUCCGCCGUCAGCUGCCUCCCUCCUCCCUAAUCCUGUCAUGGGUCUCCAUAGUGUUCGACCAUGACACAAAUUUUAGGAUCAACUUCACAUCAACUUCACAUCCGCCUGCUGCCUCUGAAAAAUAACAGAAGAAGACAUUAGCAUAUGUCCUCUGGUUGCCAUGGUUUCCAUUUGCUGCCCACAUCAGUUGGAGUAUCACAGUUGGUGAACUAAAGCAGUAUCCUGAUGUUAGCAACAGAUUGCUGCCGUUAAUUAGAGGUGACCAUUACAAAAUAACAUAUUUUACACAAACUUAUAGAAACUGCUCUAUGAUUCAAAUUAAAUGACCUGUUUGAAGAGGGUUUAAUUAAA